UCUCUCUUUCGCAAUCUCCUCGUCGUUCUCUCAUUCUCUUCAGCAAAUAUUAAACUUUAGUGUCUCGCAAGUCGCGUCUUAAGAAUGAAGGAAAUUUCGCUCGACAAUCUUCAAAAAUUCGAGGACAUAUUCAAUGUAGAUCGUGAAAAACAUAUGGUGAUUCUGCUUACUAUAAAGACUUUUGUCUGUCGUUUUGAGAAAUUUCCUGAAUUGAGGAACAAAGCAAAAUUAUUUGCGCUGUCGGACGACUGGGAGAAUGAUGGAUAUUUCUUUAUGACUUUUGUGAUCUGGACGGAGCACUUUGUUUUCUUCGAUUCCAUCAAUGACUCAACAGAUGUUUUGAAAAAUGCUUUACGAUCCUUGGACUACAAUAAUUUAAUGUGUUUGUUUUCAAUCAGAAAUGAAUUUCAUGACAUGGUUUGCGAGUUACGCGAUGAACUUGGUUUAAAGCUGCAUAUUGAUGCUGACACGGCAUGCUUCUAUCUUCCAAUGGCUGAAUCAUUAGCUUUAAAGUAUGAGAUGCCUCCAAAUCUUCAUAUUAAGGAACUAUCAGAAGAUAAUGUCGAAAAAAUAAAUUCCGUUUGGCCACAUCGAUCUGAAGGAUCAGAAAGCUUUAUUUCAUAUUCCAUCAAAUUUCAUUUGAACGUUGGAUUGUAUGAUAAUGAUAACAAUCUCGUUGCAUGGUGUCUUCGCUAUGAUAAUGGAGCCUUAGGAGUACUUCAAACGGAUUCAAACUAUUUACGAAAGGGACUUGGAAGUGUUGUUGUUAAAAUUUUAUCUAAGAAGAUUUCGGAAGAGUUUCAAUGUGAUAAUAUUGCUUUAGUUGUACAAGAGAAUGUAAAGUCGAUUAAUUUGUUCAAUAAGUUGGGAUUUAAGAAAUUGGAAUCGCACACUUGGUAUAAUUUGAUUAGAGCGUAGAUUAUUAAGAACCAUAAGGAAAUAAGGAAUUAUUUUGAAACACAAUAGAACGAACAAAUUCUUUCUUUAAACUGUUACAAAAUUACACCCCCCCCCCCUUCACUCUUAAAGAGUUAACCAUUAGCCAAUUUGUAAUUUAAAAUUUUAACAGCUCUUCAAAAAUUUAAAAAUUUGAAGGGGUAUACAACUAAGCAAUAAUUUAAUAACAAAAUCGUUGUUUUAAGUCCUUUAAUUAAUAGAAACGUGUUUUGUUUGAAGAAUUAUUAUAUUUAAUAGUUGAAGACAAAUUUUUUUUCGAGCAAUCCUAAAGUAAUAUUGUUAAAAAAAAGAUUCUUUAAAACCAAACCAAUUAAUACAAUUCAAUUUUUUCAAUCAACAUCAUCCAUUUGUGUAUUAAAUUUAAAAUUGGCUUAUAGAGCAGAACAAUUAAAUUGAUCUUAAAAUUUAUUAAAAAGGACUUUAUAUUAAUAGAUUAAUAAAGAUAAUUAAGAAGAACAAUUAAAUUGAAAUAAAAUUUAAGAAUUGAUCUUUCAAUCAGACAGUUGUCAACUCGAUCAUCACCGAGUCAAUUAAAACAACCAAUGAACUAUCUCCUCAAUCAAUCAUAUUAAAAGACAAAUCAGAUGUUUCAUUUAUUAUUGAAAAAUCACUUCAUUUUAUCAAUCUUGUUAUCGCGAACAAUUUGCAAUCUAUGAAAUAAUUCAAGUUUUUUAUAAGAUAAGAAAAUUUCUCAUUGUUUCUCAUAUUCAACAGCGUUUCUAAUUUUCUAAGUUUCUCAUUUUCUCGCAACAACUUGUUAGUAGCUUUCUUGAAUUCAAAGUGUAAACAUGUCUGAUUCACUAGUUGAAGUUUCAACAGAGUCUUUGCCAAUUUUAAGAGAUGCCUAUAAAGUAAAUUGGCCAGAGCACAUAGUCGCAUAUAGUUUUCUAGAUAAAAUGAUUAAAAGAUUUAAAGAACGUCCAGAACAAAGAGAAAUCGUAAAAAUUUAUUCUAUUGGUGAGAAAUUAGAACAAGAUGCAACGUUCGUUGCUGUCACGGGCAACGAGAGCGUUUUGCUUGCAACAUUGGAUUUAACUUUCGAGCGCUUAAACAUUGGAUUAAAGUGCUUAAACUUUGAUGUGAGGAAAGUUUUUCUUUGCGUACGAGAAAUUUAUCGUGAUACAUUUACUGAGUUUAUUAAAAGUCGGGAUUUAAAAAUUUUAUUUGAUGAUGCAACGAUCAUGGUUCAUAUGAAGCAUGAAGAUGCAAUUAAUCUCCAAUAUGAAAUUCCUGAAGGUCUAGUGAUACGAAGUCUCUCAACAUCAAAUGCUGAUCAUAUCAAUUCAAUAUGGCCACACAGAUCACCAGGAUCUGAAAAAUUCAUUGAGUAUUGCAUUGAAAUGAAUCUUUCUGUUGGACUUUAUGAUCAAGUUACUGGAGAACUUCUGGCAUGGUGUCUUGAGCACGACAAUGGAAAUCUAUUAGCACUUCAAGUUGAUCGAAAUCAUUUGAGGAAAGGAUAUGCUACCAUAGUUACAAAAGCCAUUACUAAACUUAUUGCACAAGAAAGAGGAUUUGAUGUUCAUACAAAUAUAGUUGUUGCCAAUUUCAAGUCAUUGGGAUUAUUUGAGAAAUUAUCUUUUAACAAAAUUGAUAAGAACUUUUGGACUGGUGUUGUUAACAAAUGAAUAAAUUAUGAAUAUGUGAUAUAUUAAAAUUGUUCUUAUUUUAUAAGUCAUUGAAAUUGUUUGAUAAACUUU